UUAACAUAACGUAUAUAUUGUUGUAAUAUAGUAUAAUAAUAUAAAUUUAUGUACAAAACUGGGCUCUAGUUUUUGUGCGGGCCACAUGGUUUCUGUUGAACGUGUUAAAUAUUUUUUCCUACCAUCUUAUUUCUAUGUAUCGUUAAAUCACUUUUUCCUAUAUACGAUUAUAAUUGUUUUUAUUUAUUUAUUAUGUAUGAACUUUAGAACGGCACAAUAUGUGUACAACAUAAGUGGAGGGUGCCAGUUGUAUUUCGGCGACGCGGCCAGGCCCCGAUUAUGUUACAACUGCGGUGGAGCGGGGCACUUGGCUCGGGACUGCACCCGGCAGAGAAGUCGAGAAGACAAUCGUGGGAGGAGGAGCGGUAGGGGUGGCGCGGGUAGGGGCGGUGGUCGGCCUGGUCGGGGAAACCGACGUGGUGGCCGUGGGGCCCGCGGCCGCACGAACACCGACCGAGAGCGGGACCGGAGCUUGAGACGUAGCGGUGGAUCGAGCAACGGCGGUAGCAGGGAACGCUCGUUUUCCCUGCCGCUCUCCACGCUGCGUAUCCGCUCACGGUCCCGCUCCCGGUUGUCAAGGUGUUCGGGGACGUCGGACCGCACCCUGACCCAGGACGAACGGGCAGCACGCGAACUACAUUCCGGGCCAACCCCCCGCAGUACGGCCACAAAGGCAAGUAUAUUUUGUAUAGUUAAAAUGGCUCUUGAUAAUAAUAUAAUAUAAUCUUAAAUAUAAAUAAACCCAUUAAUUUCAGGAGAUCCAUGGGGGCGGUGGGCCGACGUCAGCGACUGAAGACGUAAGAAUAUUAUUUUUAGUGUAUAAAAAAGAAUAAUUAAAUCUAAUUGAGCGCAUUAUUUUCAGGCGAUUGCAGAACAACUGCCACCGGCCAACAGUAAGUUUUUACAGGAACAUUCUUUACUCUGGAAAUUUUGAUAAUACUUUUCAAUUGUUUUGUUUUUUUUCAGCUGAAUAAUAAACUAAUGAAUUAUUAUCAAAAGACAUGUGUUUUUCUCUAAUUUAUGUUCCUUUUCAACUGGGUAUUUUUUAUUUUUUUUUUUUAUUGGGUAUUUUGUAAUUUCCAUAUUUUGUGUGCGUGGUAAGAAUGGAAUUUAAAUUUUCAUCAGUUAUUUAUGUAUUCAUACAAUAGAACAACAAUUAGAAAUUAAAAAUCUGGUGUGUAGUAGUGAACCAUCAUCGAAUACGGUAUUAUGGUAGGCCAGUCAAUGAAAUACGAUAGUAUAAUUGAAUAUAUUACAUACAGUGUUGGAAUCUAAAGUCAGACAAUAUUCUAAGGUUCAGUGAAAUAAAUGAAAAUACAAAAUACCUAAGAGUUUGAGUGGUUUGUACGAAGAUGUACAUGUAACAAUUAGCUGUAGAACUUGACAACUGCUAUUUACUUUUUAUAAACUGAGUAAUAACACUUAGUGUGUAUUAUUUCUAGUAAGAUAUCUACUAUGCCCCAUGAGUAUUCCAU